AUGGUAAGGAAAGUAAUAGCCAGCUAUAGCUAGCUAACGGUUGACUUGUAAGUGGGGGGCGUGACGUAUUUGAACUCGAGACAAACGCAGGGAAAGCGGACCAGGCGAGCCACUCUUAAAACAUGGCAAGUGUUGAGCGGAGAGUACUGUGACGCUCGAACGCUAGAUUUAGCACAGUAUUUAAAAGUUUCAUAUUUUUUGCCAGAUUAGCAACAACAUAAUGUCGUUCAUUAUGAUGAAGAAAAAGAAAUUCAAAUUUAAGGUAGAUUUCGAAUUGGACGAACUGUCUUCUGUGCCCUUUGUUAACGGGGUGUUGUUCUGCAAAGUACGGCUGCUAGACGGCGGUUUCUCUGAAGAAUCUUCUCGGGAGCAGGUUCAGGCUAACUGUGUACGCUGGGGGAAGAGAUUUUCCUUCCUGUGUAAGAUGAAUGCCAACGCUGGGACAGGAGUGCUGGAUCCCUGUGUGUGCCGGGUGUCUGUGCGCAAGGAAAUGAAGGGUGGAAAGACCUUUGCAAAGCUGGGUUUUGCUGACCUGAACCUGUCUGAGUUUGCUGGCUCCGGCAGCACCACCCGCCGAUGUCUCUUGGAGGGUUAUGACACCAAACACACCAGGCAGGACAACUCCAUCCUGAAGGUUAUCAUCAGCACACAGCUCAGGUCUGGGGACCCCUGUUUUAAAACGCCACCAUCCACAGCCAUGAAACUGGGUCUCCAGCAGGCCGAGGCAGAAUGUCUCCAUGAAGAUAGGAAGGGAGGACACACACCCAGCCACUCCCUCCCUGUACCAGAGCCCCCAAGGAAGUGUGCGUCUGUUCCUGAUGAGCUGCGAGCAGGUGGACAUUCGAGAACAUCCAGCUACGCCAGCCAACAGUCCAAAGUCUCAGGCUACAGUAGUGGUCACUCGCGCUCUUCCAGUCUAUCCGAGCUCACACACAAGAGGAACCUCUCAGCCGGCUCUGUUUCCACGGGCAUCUGUAGUAUUCCUGAACCCAGUGACGACCCGGGGUCUGUCUCUGUCACCUGUGCCUGUUCCCCUGUGCCCGAACAUCCCCAGACCCCCGCAAAGAGCUCUUCCUCCUCAGAGAGACUGAGCAGGCAUGCAGUGAAGCAGAGCUCGGUGGAAUCUCAGCUGAAGAGAGUGGAUGCUACACGGGUGGAUGCUGACGACAUUGUGGAAAAGAUCCUGCAGAGCCAGGACUUUAGUCAGGGCCUGUUGGACUCCAGUACUGAGGAGGAGGGACUCCGGCUGUUUGUUGGUCCUGGUGGAAGCACGGCGCUGGGGAGUCAACAUACCAGGGUUGGUGCUGGGCCCUACGAGCAGGUGGUGAUCAGACGCUAGCCCAAGCCAGGGGGGUGUUUGAGAAGGUCUGACUGGGAAGGACAGAGGGGCAGCAGUUGUCUCGCCUCUCUGCAAGACAAACCUUUCUCACAACGGGAGUUAUUUCUCUGAUCAGCGGAAACUAACUGUGUAAGAUUGCUCCCCCUAGUGUUAAAGGAUGCAGGUAACCUGAAAGCCAUGAUGACAACUUGUCUUUCAAUAACUUUGAGAAGAAGGAUACAUUGACUUCAAUUCUGGAGGCCUUAAUGUUCAGUGAAUUCUCAUUUUUAGAAAACUAGGAGAAUGCUGUGCCCCCACAUUACAAAGGGCUUGAUGUAAGAUAAACCCUUCCUAAUGGUCCCAGGUUAUUACUCUAGGAGGCAUGUUGCCAUUUACUGUUUGAUUGUUCAGUUUGUUGCUGCUUGAUAUUUUCACUGUAUUAAAUGUGCAGGGUAGUAGAGGUGGGUAAAGACAAUCUACCAAUUUUGUACAAUUUAUGAUCAGUUUCUUUUUGUUUUACCACUACAUCUGUGAUGUUUAGUGUUUUACACAAACACAUACAUGUGUGUAACAAAGGUUUUUUAACUGACAUACUGUGGUGAGGAGCUGGUUUCUUUUCUCACAGUUAACUUGAAACUGACUUGAUAAAUGACUGAUGUUAUUGUGGGAUGUCACUGACCUACAGGUGCCUGAUUUUGUUAAAUAAACCAAGAGGACCUUGCAGUAUAUUUGUUAUAGACUACAGUACAUGUUGACUCAAGAUGCAGGGAUGUUGGAAGAUUCUAUAAGCUGGGAAAUUAUAAAAAAGGAUCGUACCGUUGUUGCUACCUGGCUCCUUAUGUGUCAUCAUCAGGUGGAGGUGAAGAUGUCUGAUAUGUUGGGGAUUUGUUUCAACCAAGUCCAGUAGGCUGUGGUUCAGGAUUCGAAUCCUCAGCAAAACAGUAACAUUUUAUUUUUACUAUUCUCAGAACUGACAACAAUUCAGUUCACACAGUUUCUUUAAUAUACAAAAUGAUAUUUGUAUAAUAUUUCUUAUUACAAAGACUAGAAAUUAUAUAUUUUAUUUAUUUUCUAAAGCUUAUUUUGAUACUGUAGUAGUAAGUAGGUGAGAACUCAUUUUAGGGACAUUUGACAUUUUUAGAGUGGAAAUUUAGACAAAGACAAUCUCUUAAAGAAAGAUUGUGUUAGUCAAGUAGAGUGAUCAAACAUGGAUGUCAGUGUUUUGUCAAACAUUGUCUACAAGGCCAAACAUGACCUUACUGUACAUGUUUAUAUUGUUCAGUGCCUUGAAAUAUUUUGUAGAGUUUGUUAUAUUCGUGACAAAAUAUUAUGCAACUUUUUCAACCUUAUAUUCAAUCAGCAGACCAGUUUUAUUGUAUGUUGACUUUUUGCAUUUGUCUAUUUUUACUCUUAAAUGAGAGAAGUAUUGUCCUGAUAUUCCUAAUGUUAAACGUUCAGAGCUUUACUUGUUUGUCCACUUCCAAAAAUGACCUUUGCAGUAAAUCCCUUUUUUUAAUGUAACCUUGUUGUUUUUGCAGUAUCAUUUGACAGAAAAAACUAAGUGCUACAUAACUAAUGUGACAUUUUGGAAGACUGUUAUUUAAUACUGUUUCCUGAUU